CCUGUUAAAUUGGCCGCGAUAUGUUAGGUAAGGAGAGUUUUCCCUCGGGUUACCUUUAGAAAAAUUUCAUCUUUUGCCACUGAUACCAUCAGCUUUUUCGAACAGGUAAUUACGCUUUCCUAAUUAUUUUUUCCUAUGGACAACUAUAAUAUAUUGUUGUUAUAUAUUAUGUGUGCUCUGCGUCGACAAAUGCUCGAUGACUGAUUCAGAUCAUAGCAUUGUACAGAAAUCUAUGCGGAUUUUCAAUGUUUAUUAUGUGAUAAAUUUGUAAAUAUGAUAAAUAAAUAAAAAAGCAGUAGCGAGCGAUGCAGUUUAGGUUACAGUAAAAUAUUUAGAAUUAUUGCAAAAUUCCUUAGUAAAAAUAUAACAGUGACAGACAAGGAUGCAGCGUCUCAAAGCCACCGUGAAGCAGUAGUGGACCUGCUCUGAGAAAGAACGCUUGUAUACAAUUUAAUGAAGGAUAACGACUUGUGACGUCACUGUGGGUUUUCGAAGAACAACUAUUAUUUUUUCAGACAAGACGUAAAAACUAAAAAUGAACAUCAGCAGACGCGAACUGGUUAUACCAGUCUGUAUGUUUGCUGUCUUCGUCCUGUGGAUCUCCGGCUCGACAGGUACCACCUUCAUCCCUAAUCUAACAGAGCGCUGUUACAGAUGCCUUUGCUACGUGUCCACAAAAUGUGAUAGGUCUUAUGGCUGUGCGGGGGGAUAUUGUGGCCCGUUCAACAUAUCCAGAGUGUACUGGGUUGAUGCUGGGAAGGUAGUCAUGAAGGAAGACGACCCAGAGAGAAAUCACGCUUGGGCUGAUUGCGCUAGAAAUUAUUUCUGUGCUAAAAAGAUCAUCGAAGGAUAUUUACAAAGAUUUGGCAAGGAUUGCAACGGUGACGGCGUCACCAACUGCUUUGACUAUAUGAUGGUGAACGGUAAUGGCGGAUACGGCUGCACCGCGCCCCUCAAUAGGUCUGAAAACGGCAGGAGAUGGCUGCAGAGAUACUCCGAGUGUCAGCUUUAGACUCUAAUACAAUAUCCUAAUGCCACCAGAUUGAACUACUUACGGUCGAUUUCAAAAAGCAACCUAACCUAACCUAGUAUGUACUAAACAGAAUAAAAGUUAUUGUCAUGCUGACAGACAAAGAGUUGUAGGCAAGAACGUCAUACAAAAUUUUUGUGCUCAUGCGAUGGUUGCUCAAUCUACUGCGAAUUAGCAAAACACCAAUGUAAAAUAAAAAUAAUUUUUGCACGUUUUUAAUGCGCAUAUUAGCAUAUUUAAGUAAAUAUAUUUUUUUAAUAUCUAAGGACGCUGUGACAUCUUGUUGCACGGACAUUUCAAAUAAGACAACGAUUUACCAAUCGGUAAUUACUUUUGGAGCACAACUCUAGUCCUGGUAUCCGGCCUAUAACUAACUAUACUGUUCAGAAGACUUAUUUUGAUUGGUAUAUUACCAUUGAUCUGCAGUUAGGAAUUGAGAUAGUUUAUUAAAGUCGGCCGUAACCCGUAAUUUAUAAUAAUUUGUUUCAACUGACAGCUGACUAGACGCGUCAAAUCCAUGACAAGGGCAAAUGGCUAAUAUUAUUAAUACAUUCAUCAAAAAUGUAGAUUAAAGAUCUAGUAGAAAAGUGGAGCUAGCCCGUCGUCUUGUGACUGGGCAUAACGUUGCGGUCGUAAAAAUGGAAUGAACGAGUGUACUUACUAUAAUAUUGUUUAAAAUUUUCACAAUGGUAUCUUCAAUCUUCAUAAAACAAGAGAAUAUACGUACAUAGGUAAUAUCAAUAUUUUUUAAUCCCUACAAAUGACCUCAAUAAACUCGCAUUAAUUUUGAAUGUGUUAAAUAAUUCUUGAUAUGCAAAACAAACUCUUAUAAGCCCAAUAUGCUUUGAUGCUCUAUAGAGAAAAUGACUCUAAAGUAAUGUAAAAACUUGGCAAGGAUUGAAAUACCUGCCUAAAACCUUUUGGUGAUUUAUAAGACUGCUACUAAAGAGUUUCUAAUAGAUUCUUUUUUUAUUUUUAUACGUGCAGUAAAGUGACUCUACUUCACCUGAUGGUAAGUGGAGUGGGGUCCAAUAGAAUAUGGACUGAUCAGAUAUUACCCCACCAUAGUCCAUAUAAAUAUGCCGGCUUGUUGGAGCCGCAUAUACACAGGCUGAUCCUGGAACGCGACACACUCACGUGGGCCAGUAUGGCAGGUUUUAUCACUUACGGUGGUCGCUGUCCGGGCGGAUAUAAAAUAUAUCCUACCAGCAAAAUAUGCACGUGGAUAAAAAAUGUGUGGGCACCUAACGUAAGUUUUUUUUAUUGUUUUUUUUUUUAAUAUUUGUAUUAUUGUGGCUGCAAGACAUGGAAUUAUUGCAAUAAAUAGUUUCAAUAUGACAAUAUUGGAUUAUGUAAUUAGUAAUAUAUAGGUUUUAUUUUUUAACAAGAUGUCAUCAGUUAUAUUAAAAUAAUCAUAGCCCUAUUUCCCGCCAGAAAUUGUCGUCGUUUUGUUAAGAAUUGUUGUCAGCACGAAAUAAAGUAAUAAAAAGUCGAAUUAAUAA